AUGCUGGGUAGAAUAGAAGAGAAGCUGCUUGCUCGCCAUAAACCGUCUAAACGAGAAUUACGAACUAUUUGCUCGUUGGCCAUGGAUAUUUUAGUGCUUGAGCCAAAUAUUGUACGAAUUGAACCGCCGGUUGUUGUCUGUGGGGAUAUACACGGGCAGUACGACGAUUUGCUUACUAUCUUUAAGCUUAAUGGCACGCCGAAGAAGACAAAGUUUGUAUUUAUGGGAGAUUAUGUGGACCGUGGGUUUAAUUCAGUUGAAACUAUAUCCCUCCUUCUUCUAUAUAAAGUAAUGUACCCACAGAAUAUUAUACUACUGCGAGGCAAUCAUGAAUCAAGAGAGCUAACAGAGACGUAUGGGCUGUAUAAAGAAGUGUGCACAAAAUAUGUAUCGCAAGACAUAUGGAAGCUAUUGUGUGAGACAUUCACUUUUCUUCCUCUUGCUGCGCUGGUUGGAAGUAGGAUAUUUUGUGUGCAUGCAGGAGUAUCGCCAUACGCACUGACUUUUGAUAAAAUACUGAGGAUAAAUAGGUUUAUGGAAAUACCCACCUCUGGCCCUAUGACAGACAUGGUGUGGAGUGAUCCUGGGAUAUAUCCAGGCCAUUACCCAAGUGAUAGGGGCGCUGGGUAUAUCAUUGGCCCAGAUAUUGUUCAGAAGUUUCUUGUUCUUAAUGACCUACAGAUUAUAUGCAGAUCACACCAACUGGUUAAUGAAGGAUAUAAAUUUGCAUAUAACAAUAGAGAGCUUGUGACUGUUUGGAGUGCGCCUAAUUACUGCAACAGAAUGGGUAACAAGGCAACAUUUCUUAAAAUAGGAAAGAACCUGCGAGUUGACGACGAUUCAUUUGUUUUCUUCGAGCAAGUAAUUAAACCAGCAAAAGAGAUAAGAACACUUCCAUAUUUUCAUUAA